GUUUCCCGGUCCCCGCGCGGCGCCUGCGCUCUGUCCCCUGCGCCGGCCGCAGAGCCGUCGGGCGGACGCCCCGGGGGAGAGUCUCGGGAGGCGGCGAUGGACGCAGUGAGCUUUGAGGAUGUGGCUGUGAACUUCACCCUGGAGGAGUGGGCUUUGCUGGAUUCUUCUCAGAGGAACCUCUACAGGGAUGUGAUGCUGGAAACCUUCAGGAACCUCUCCUCAGUGGAUGAUGAGACUCAAUUUAAAGCCAAUGGAUCAGUUUCUCAGGGAAAUAUUUUUUGGCAAAACAUGUCCAAGGAACAGAUAACAGCAACGUUCACAAGAAAUGAUUCCUGCGUAUGCAUUUUAGGAAAAACUUGGAAAAAACAUAACUAUGAAAAUCAGCACAAAAACAAGGGGAGACAUCUGAGCAGAAAUCAUAUGGUGCAGAGACUUCUUGAAAGCAGUAAAGAUAAUCAAUGUAAGGAAACGUUCAACCAGAUUCCAGACCUUAAUCUGUACAAGAAAACUCCUGGAAAACAUCCAUAUGAAAGCAGUGAAUGUGGAAAAGUCUUCAUGCAUCAUGCCUUCCUUAAACAGCACAUCAGACCUCAUACUGGACACAAACUACAUGAAUAUCAGGAAUGUGGGCAGGUCUGCAGUUCUCCCUCCUACUUGAGAGCACAUAUGGGAACUCACAGUGGAAAGAAAUCCUAUGUCUGUAAAUCUUGUGGAAAAAUUUUUACUCAUUUCUAUUGGUUCACUCGACACAUGAGGACUCACACCGUGUAUAAAAUCUAUGAAUGCAAGCAGCAUGCAAAAGUCUUCAGUGAGUUCUCCCAUCUUACCAGACGUGGGAGAAAUCACAGUGGAGAGAAGCCAUAUAAAUGUAAGGAAUGUGGGAAAGAAUGUAUUUAUCCUUCAACCUUAGGAAGACACAUGAUAACACACAGUAGAGAGACACUGUAUGAAUGUAAACAGUGUGCUAAAGCCUUUAUUUGUCUCACUUCCUUUCGAAGACAUGAAAGGAUUCACACUGGAGAGAAACCAUAUGUAUGUAAACAAUGUGGAAAAGCCUUUGGUUACUCUCAUUCUUUUCGACGACAUGAAAGAACCCACACUGGAGAAAAACCCUAUGAAUGUAAGUAUUGUGGGAAAGCCUUCAGUUGGCUUGAAUCCUUUCAAAGACAUGUAAGAAUGCACACUGGAGAGAAACUCCACAAAUGUAAAAAAUGUGGGAAAGCCUUCAGUUGUCCCAGUUCAUUACAAAGACAUGAAAGGACUCACACUGGAGAGAAACCCUAUGAAUGUAAGUAUUGUGGGAAAACCUUUAGUUGGCUUGAAUCUUUUCAAGGACAUGUGAGACUGCACAAUGGAGAGAAACCUUAUGAAUGUAAACAAUGUGGGAAAGCCUUCAGUUGUCCCACUUCCAUUCGGCGACACGAAAGAACUCACACUGGAGAGAAACCCUAUGAAUGUAAAAAAUGUGGGAAAGCCUUCAGUUAUCCUCAAUCCUUUCGAAUACAUGAAAGAAUUCACACUGGAGAGAAGCCCUAUGAAUGUAAGGAAUGUGGGAAAUACUUCAUUUGUCUGUCAGCCUUUAGAAGACACAUGAUAACACACACCGGAGAAAAACCCUACAAAUGUAAACAAUGUGGUAAAGCCUUCAGUUGUCCCAGUUCAGUGCGAAGACAUGAAAGGACUCACAGUGGAGUAAAGCCCUAUGAAUGUAAGUUUUGUGGGAAGGCGUUCCGUUGGCUUGCGUAUUUUCAAGGGCAUUUGAGAAUGCAUGCUGGAGAGAAACCCUAUGAAUGUAAACAAUGUGGGAAAGCCUUCAGCUGUCCUAGUUCAUUUCGAAAUCAUGAAAGGACUCACACUGGAGAGAAACCCUAUGUAUGUAAGUAUUGUGGGAAAGCCUUUUGUUGGCUUGCAUCUUUUCGAGGACAUGUGAGAAUACACACUGGAGAGAAGUUAUAUAAAUGUGAAAAAUGUGGGAAAGCCUUCAGUUGGUCCUCAUCAUUGCUGAAACAUGUGAGAACGCACAGUGGAGAGAAACCCUAUGAAUGUGAACAAUGUCGGAAAACCUUCAAGUGGCCUUCAUCUUUACAAAAGCAUAUGAGGAUUCAUACUUGAUAAAAACCCUGUGUUUAAAACAAAAAACAACAAAAAAGGAAGGAAAGCCUUUAGUUCUCAUUCUUACAAAAACAUCUGAGAACUCACACUGGAAAGAAGACCUGAAAAUAAAAGUAAUGUGGGAAUGCUCCGUGCUAAUUAAUUCAUGUAUAAUUGCCCAGAAAGUUCAAACCAUGACAGAAAUCUUAUGAAAUUUAUAAAUGACAUUAUCAUGACACAGUACCUCAUUUUGAAAUUGAAUUCCUAGACUAUGAAUUUCCAGUUCUUACUUUUGGAAGUAAAACAUUGGGUGACAAUUUUCUAAAUGAACUUUUACUAAUACAACAAAUGUUUUAAUGGGUCAGAGUUUAUUUUUUAUAACUUGGAUAAUAAAAAAAUUUACCUAACUGUUGGAGCCAUUGGUAGUUUAAAGUGCAUUUUUUAAAUGCAAAGUAGAUUUAAUUUUUAAAUCAUUUUUUAACUGCUCCGCAAAUAAGGGGCCAUAGUAACAUUACAUUUGGUCUUUGUUGAGAUUUUCUUACUUGCCUCGUGUGGCAGAUAUCGUUUACCAAUUAUAUGUAUUUUAUCCUUAUUUCUUACUGAGAAGAGCUGUUUUUCUCUUUUUCUUUUUUAUUAAAACAGUCUUAUUCUACUUUCCUUGCUAGUAAAUAAUUGGCCUGAAAUUGUACGUAUGAAAAGUGUAUCACGGUAUAGUCACAUGUGAAUUGUUAUUUUCAUCUUUUGCCUUUGUCCUUGCUUCUGGCUGGGAUUUGGACAAUUUGUUCAUUCUUUUAAGUGAAACUUGUGAUAUGACAAAAUUUAGAGUUGAGUAUGGAUCUCCUGGAUGAUAUUAUGUCUACAUGGUUAAUGUUGGGAACUACAUUUUCUCAAAUUCCUUUGUGGUUUCAGGUUAGAAUUCACCAAUGCCCUGAUUUGGAUAAGAUUUGGAAGGCAGAAGUAAGAAAGCCACUACUGAGGUUUUGGAGCCACCACACAGGGACACAAGACAGAUACAUAGUCAUGUCGUGGAUACCAGCUUCUAGCUCAUUUUUUUACUGAUUCUUGGCUCUGCCAAUCAAGAGCUUCCCCAAACCCAACACCAACUACCAGAUUUACGUUGUCUCAGAGGUAUAGAUUUCCAAAGACACCUCCAGAAACUCCACAUCAAUGAUAAAUACCAAAGUCUAGAAUUCCUAAUGUGUCCAUCAGGCCACUGAUUUUGACUGUUAUAGCUGCGAAUAUUCUCUCAGUUUCUGUCUCCCUUCUUUUUGGAUUGUAACUAUAUGAAGUCUAAUUUGUGUAAUAAAUACCACAUUCUGUUA